CCCGGCGGCCGCGAUGCCGUUCCCCGGCUCCGGCGCGGACGAUGCCUUCGAUUACCUCUUCAAGAUCAUCCUGAUCGGCGACUCCAACGUGGGCAAGACGUGCGUGGUGCACCGCUUCAAGACGGGGCAGUACAACGAGAAGCAGCAGAACACCAUCGGCGUGGACUUCACCGUGCGCUCCAUGGACAUCGACGGCAAGAAAGUGAAGAUCCAAGUGUGGGACACAGCCGGUCAAGAGCGCUUCCGGACAAUAACCCAGUCUUAUUACAGGAGUGCCCAUGGGGCCAUCCUUGCCUAUGACCUUACUAGGAGGUCCACAUUUGAAUCCAUUCCUCACUGGAUUCAUGAAAUUGAAAAGUAUGGUGCUGCAAACUUGGUCAUGAUGUUAAUUGGGAACAAAUCGGACUCGCUGGACAAGCGCCAGGUGCUGUUUGAAGAUGCCUGCACCCUGGCAGAGAAGCACGGGCUCUUAGCCGUGCUGGAAACAUCAGCAAAAGAAGCUCAAAACAUAGAAGAGGUGUUCACAUUAAUGGCUAAGGAGCUGAUAGCUCGAAAUACCUUACAGCUUCAUGGGGAGAGCCCUCCAAACAGCUUCAGUCUUGACUCCAGGCCAGUGAUGGCCAGUCCAAGUGUGGAGAAGACCCAGUGCUCCUGUUGAAGAGAGACUUCAGGGAGAACCUGGAGACUGCCAUUCUUCUGAGGCUGUUUGAUUCAAUUUUGUUCAGUUGAUGAAAGUGUUCUGUGUGGCCUCAAGGCAUCUCUCUUGCUAUUUCUACCUUGCAGCUUGGCUUGUGAAUAUUUUCAGCGAUCAUUGUUGCUGUUGGUAGCACAGGUUGCUUUGAACAUAGCAAUGUGAACUUCUGAGAUGAGAGGACUCAGGAAGCUGCCAGCCCUUGCCUUAACCAAAGAGAACUGUAAAAAUUAUUGCCUUUAAUUAUUUCCUUACAUGUCUUUCUGGCUGUGUCAGAAGAUAAAUUUGCACCAGAGUUCUGCACUGACCCUUCCAAGCUGUGUUGCUGGUUUUAAGUACAAGCACUUUCCUCUCUGCCGGUAGCUGUAAAAAGUCUGACACAUGCUUGGACAGCACUAACCCACUCCUACCUGAACUUUCCUUUAGGAGCUCUCCUGACGUCAGGCAGGUAGCCACCCAUCCCAAGGAGCUUAAUACUUGUGAAAGAGUACAGGAUUUCACAUCUCCCCUGAGUUCCUCACCAGACAAACCUGGACACAUCUCUGCAGUGGUACAGCAGGCAGAACAUGAUACACUUCUUCCUGGGGUGAGAAAAGUUGCCUUUCACUUUGCUUUGGAAUAGUCAGGAUUGUUUCCAGUACUGAUCUCCAUCUUGCUGCAUGGACUUGCUGGGAGCAGCAAAGCUUCCAGUGGAAGGACCUUUUUUUCAUUCCUCCCUGCUAACCUCCUCUUGCUUUUGAUGUGCUGAUUUUAACCAAAAGCCUUCUGCCAAUGGCAGCUUGAGAGGAUCCCUAUUGAUUUUCAAGGGAAUGUGAAGGAUGAAUGCAAGUUCUGUAAAACUCAGCAAGGUUUAAAUUAGGUAAAAGAUUAAAAAUUUAAAUUAUGUUAGAGCGGUAAGGCAAUGGUUUGGGGGGCACCAGAGAGCUGCCCUAGGUGAGUAUAUCUGCUGCUGCUGUGGAGACUGAACAUGGUGGUAGCAAUGGAAGGUUUUGGCUUUCAGUUUUAAAAUUUGGUUUUCAAUUGCAAGCUCUGCUACUUGGGGCUCAUUUUUCUGUAUGCCUGACCUGAAUGAAGGGUUUGAGCUGGGGUUUUUUUUUGGUGAGGGUUUUGAGGUUGAUCGUUUUUGGGGUUUUUUUUCUGUUUGCAAGUUUUUUUUUCCCAGUAGAUGGAAACAGGGAAGGAGGAAGAAAGAAACAUCAGAGGAAGUUUUUUUGACUGCAGUCCACAUGUACCAAAGUGUAUCACUUAGUUACUGUUAAGCUAUGAACUGCAACUCCAACUCUGUAACGAUAAAACACAGAUUGUGUUACAUGCAAAGCAGCCUUGGGAAGGCUGGAGUGUUGCCAGCUUACCCAAUGGCUGGCUGCCCCUGUUUCCCAAGUCCUUGAAAAAUAGGGGAAAACAUGUAGCAAGUAUUGCUGGAAAAUCUUGUCUUAGAAGCACAAAAAAAUAAAGGAGAAUGAAUCAUUGAAUAAUA